ACCGCGCGCUGGCUCGGCUAGCAAGCGAGGAAGAUGCUAGACAGAAAUGGCGGUGACGGCAAUGCGAGCAGCAUGAAGUGCUGAUGCAUUACAUGGAUCAAAACCUACGACUGCCCGGACAACGUUGGGAAAAUGACAAUGAUGUCGAAGUAGAACACCUUUUGUAACUGUCAUUACAAACCUACAACACCUUCCCGGGAGAGUUUUCAUCUUGUCAGCGGAGGAGAGAAAAUCUCACCGGGAGCAUGGCUUCUCACAGCAACCAGUACAUCUUCGGGGAAUUCAGCCCUGAUGAGAUCAACCAGUUUUUUUUGACUCCACGAUGUUAUGUCGAGCUUCCUCCGUUCAAUGACAAAGUCACAUGCGUCAGUCAGUCUUCUGGAAGUUACUGCACUCCUGCUGUACCUUAUAUAAUGGAGUCUAUGGGACUGCAGGUUUGCGCAGAAGACUAUCAGCGCAUUGAGUUUGGCGUUGAUGAGGUGAUGGAUUCCAAGCCGAUUGGAGUCAACGAUCCUUUAUACAAGGUAUCAAGCACUCUGAACCCCCAGGCUCCAGAGUUCAUCCUGGGCUGCCAGCCGGCCCAGAAGGCCCAACAGACCACUCCUCCUGCAGCUGAUGUCCCUGACGGAACCCACUUCAACUCGCUGGAUGGCCCUGACUCAGAGACCUCAGCCCUGGACAAUCACCAGGCCUGCCAGGACAUGGACGGAGUCCCUGGCAGCCUCGGACAGCGAGAGAGAAAGAAAAAGAAAAAGCGACCGCCGGGGUAUUACAACUACCUGGACCCGUCAACUGGCGCUAACAGCAGCAAUGCAGCAGAUGGGACACCUAUGACAGCACUGGUGAACGGACAUGCACUCGGUGCCCCACACCACAGUGCUGAGGAAGUGGACAGUAAGGUGUUGUCGGGGCCUGAACUCGCUGGCCCUGCUCCUGUCUCCACAGUAACAUCAGUGGCAGCAGUUAAGUUAGCCCCCACACCCACUUCCAAUCAGAGGACUUGUGACAGCCCUGAUGACUCUUCUUUGGACUUAACGAGUGGAGCUGCCUCUUUAUCAGAUGGCAGCAUUGCAACAUGCUCCUCUUCAUCCUCCUCUCAAAGCAGAGGAAUGACAGAGGGACCGAGGACUGCAGAUCUGCAGCCAGACCAUUUGGCUCCACAGAGCCCUGAACUCUCAGAUACUCCACACAGCCCCCGCUCCAAAUCACCACUUCCUCCUUCAGCUGCUGCAGCCACCCCUCCUGUCACCACUUCUGUCAUGACUACUGAACUGGAGGCGAGGGAAGUCGGAGACAGUGGGGUGGCCAAUGGGAUAGCAGAGCCUGAUACUCCUGUCAGUGCAGAUGGACACAAAGAGGACUGUGAGAGUGAGGAGCAGGCUCAGCAGGUCUCCUCAGACUCUGCUGCUCAGCCAGCAGAGACAGACCAGGCCCAUUCGCCCGCAACUGCAGCUGCACCUACUGCCAACCUCCCCAAAUCCUGGGCUAGCCUUUUCCACAACUCCAAGCCUCUGCCUGGGGGCCCUCAGGCCUUUGUAGAGGUAAAGAAUGUUGUGGAAGUGGUCGCCCCUUCCCUUGCUACGCCAGAGCAGCUAGAGAAAGUUGGGGAGGUCAAAGAAGGCCCUGUCCACGUAUCAGAGGAUCCUAUGGCCCCUAAACUCGCAGAACUUAUUGAGAAUGUGAAGUUGAUACAUAAACCAGUGUCUUUGCAGCCGAGAGGACUGAUCAACAAGGGAAACUGGUGCUAUAUCAACGCUACCCUACAGGCCCUGAUUGCUUGCCCUCCCAUGUAUCACCUGAUGAAGUCCUUUCCUCUGCAUAAUGAGACACAGAGACCCUGUACCUCCACACCCAUGAUAGACAACUUUGUAAGGCUCGUGAAUGAGUUCAACAACAUGCCCGUGCCAUCUAAAGCCAAGCAGCAAGCUGUUGGUGAUAAGGUCGUGAAAGACAUUCGACCUGGUGUACCUUUUGAACCGACAUACAUUUAUAGACUCCUCACACUCAUCAAGUCUAGUCUCUCUGAGAAGGGUCGACAAGAGGAUGCGGAGGAGUAUCUUGGCUUCACUCUCAAUGGAUUGCAUGAAGAGAUGCUGGCAUUGAAAAAACUUAUCUCGCCUCAGGAAGAGAAAGUUUCCACGCCCAAUGGGCCGGAGUCCCAACCGGGUGUGGAAGAGGAUGUUGCUGAUAAAGAGGAAGAAGGGAGUGAGGAUGAGUGGGAGCAGGUCGGCCCUAGAAACAAGACCUCCAUCACUCGUCAAGCUGACUUUGUCCGCACGCCCAUCACUGACAUAUUUGGUGGUCACAUCAGAUCGGUGGUGUAUCAACAAAACUCUAAGGAGUCAGCCACACUCCAGCCUUUCUUUACUCUGCAGCUGGACAUCCAGUCAGAGAAGAUUCGUACUGUCCAGGAGGCUUUAGAAACAUUGGUGGCGCGAGAGUCAGUCCAGGGCUACACUUCGAAAACCAAGCAGGAGAUUGAGAUCAGUCGGAGGGUGACUCUGGAAGAGCUGCCCCCUGUGCUGGUGCUCCAUCUCAAGAGGUUUGUCUUUGAAAAGACUGGAGGCUGCCAGAAACUGACCAAGAACAUUGAUUACCCUGUGGACCUGGAAAUCAGCAAAGAUCUCUUGUCCUCUGGAGUGCGAAGCAAAGUUGUGAAAGGCCAAAGAACUUACAGGCUCUUCGCAGUUGUCUAUCACCAUGGGAACAGUGCGACAGGCGGUCAUUACACCACGGAUGUCUUCCACAUUGGUCUUAACGGCUGGCUGCGCAUUGACGACCAGACAGUGAAGGUCAUCAACCAGUACCAGGUGAUGAGGCAGACUGCAGAGCGCACCGCCUACCUGCUGUACUACCGCCGCGUCGACCUGCUGUAGACAUACACACAAACCCGCAACAUAUACGCAAGCAUACCCGAACACACAAACACACACACCCACAAUGCACUCUUGACAGUACACGUACAUGACACAAACACACCAAAUUAAUGAACAGGAACACUGCCCAACUUGUUCUCUUGCAAGAUUUUCCUCUUCUUCCCUCCUGUCCCUGCUUUCCUGAGAACCAGCUUUUCCAACACCUUUUCCUUGUCUCUUUUUUCUUUUGGAAGAAGAGAAACAAGCUGCAUUCACAAAAAAAAUUCCCUGUGACUGCUCUCUCUUCUCUGUGCACCACUGCUGUUUUUUUUUUUUUUCUUGUUUUUGUUUCGUUUUGUUUCAAAAAGCAGCGAGGAAGGACUGUUGAAUAGACCGAGGUGGAGUGGGGUUACAGGUCAGGACCCGAGACUCGCCUCUGACUUGCGCCCACAGCUUGGCUUGGAUAGAGAACAGUGGACUCACACACAGGAUGGACUAUCUACCACAGGCUGCAAACAUGGACUGCUGGGGAAAUUUCUCUGGUUUGAAUGACCUUUUUUAAGGAAAUGACAAGUAUCAGUGUUUGCCUUUUAGUAAGGAGAACUGUUGUCCUGAUGAAUUUGCAGCAGUUUCAAAAGCCUAUUUGAAUCGUGCCCUAGUGCAUUGAAAUGGCCCAGCACCAGCAUUAUCAUGAGUCUCUCCUUUCAAGGCUAGAUUGUGUUCUGCCAUCAACUCCUCCUCCUCUUCCAUUUCCUCACUUUUCUGAUGCUUUUAAAUCUAGGUACAACCUGAGCCAUCAAAAACAGGAAAAAAAAAAAAAAAAAAAAGAUCGGGGAUAUGGAAACUGAGCAGCUUUCUUGUUUGAGAGAUUCUUGUUAUGCUAUCUGGGUUUAGAUUUAGAAAGACUAUCUAAAAAAAAUUAAUGCGCUUUAGAAUUAAAGUGAUAACUAAAAAGCUUCUGUGCACAAAGUAUACGUUGAUGAUUGAAGACGUGACAGGCAAAUGCAUAUUUUGCAGAUAUUUAGACUUAAAAUGUAUUAAAAAAAAGAAUAAAAAUAUAAAAUUCUAGCUGACUGAAAACUUGUUUGGGUCCUUAAGGACCUUGCUAGUUUUGAGACUCAGUUCUUGCACUGGAGAGAUGGCAACCAAUUAAGACAGAUUCCACUGCAAAACCUGCCCUUGUUUACUUUGUACAUUUCCUCCUUAUCCAUGACAUAUUUUUGUUGUCUUUACUUGUCUAAAGGUUCCACCUGUGUAUAGGUGGCUUAUCAGUGUAGUUUUGAGCCACACCACCCCUCUCCCCCCAACUCAACAGACAGCAGAGGGGGGGGCGGGGGCUGCCUUAGGUUCCAUGUGUGAUGUUUUUCCACUCAGCGUACGAGUCUACCCCUAUUCAGACAGCAACAGCUCGUCUAAUGUCUGAGGAGUUAGGGGAAUGUACCUGAAAUCUGUAUUUACUCUUUGUGGCUCAGCUUUUUCCUCACAGUCGAGGUAACAUUAGUGUUGAGGGGAAGUGGGACUACAUCCUGUGCUAAUCUCUGCAAGACCCCAGACAUGCGCACAAGAGGAGAUAGUGUUUGCUUUUGUUGAAGAUAUUAAUUUUGGAUCAUUCAUUGAUUGUGAUAUUUUUUUUUGUUUGAAUUACUAAAAGAUGUUAGUUUUUUUUUUUUUUUUUCUUUUUGUCACUGAUCAUUUAUUGGAUGUUCCCGUGCUCUCGAUCCAUUCAGAAAUAUGCUUGCAUUUGAAUUGGUGUUUGAAAAGAAAUUACACAGGCUAAAGCACAACAAUGAAUAAAAUCAAACUAGUUCUUUGCUUGAUA